GGUCCCGUUCGCUUAUAUUUUGCGAAACACUUGAUGCAGUAGCUUUCUAUCUCCUCCGAACCAAUAGCGGAUGAUAUUGGGGGCAAAGAAAGCAGCAUGGACCCAGUAGCACGUUCCGAAUCUGCUACGCCUCGAACAUCUGGUGCCUCGACGCCGCAGCCAUCAUCUAAGGUCCAACAGCCUAAGCCACAAGCACUCCCCAGCAGGUCUGGCCCAUCUGCCAUCCUCGUGUCAACGCGACAAAAAGGCAAUCCGAUAUUGAAUCAUAUCAAACUACUGCCGUGGGAAUAUGCAGACAUACCGGCCGAUUAUGUGGUCGGAAACACCACCUGUGCUUUAUUUCUUUCCUUGAAGUAUCACCGCUUACAUCCCGAAUAUAUCUACUCGCGAAUUCGCCUCAUAGCAGGAAAAUAUCUGUUACGGAUUAUCCUGGUUAUUGUGGAUAUUCCGAACCAUGAGGAAAGCUUGAAGGAGCUUUCGAAGACAUCCAUCGUCAACAACAUGACGUUGAUCCUUUGCUGGUCUGCACCUGAAGCUGCACACUACCUUGAACUGUUCAAGUCUUCUGAAAACUCUCAACCCACUGCUAUUCGCACGCAACAAGCCCAGUCAUAUAAAGAAUCUCUUGUUGAGUUCGUCACAACACCCCGGAGCAUUAAUAAAUCAGAUGCAGCUAGCUUGAUAUCUACGUUCGGAAGCCUGCAGAACGCAGUCAAUGCGCAACCUGAGCAGAUUAGUGCAGUACCUGGAUGGGGAGAGAAGAAGGUCAAGCAGUGGUGUAGUACAGUAAGGGAAGGCUUUAGGGUGGAGUCGACGAAGAGGAAAACUCGCGGAGGAAUCGCUGGAAGUCAUGCAACUGGCGAGGUUGAGGGCCAAGAAGACAAGCCUUCCAAACCUUCAGGAACAAAUGAAGACACUGCCGCGGAAACAAUCCUAGCAGAUGCAGAGGAUGGUCGCCUAGAAACACGGAGACAAGCCGUCGAAGAGCGUCGAAUGCAGGAGUCGAGUCAGCAGGAGGAGGGGAUGAGUGAGGGCAUUAUGGCGGCUCUGGCGAAGUAUCGAGAGGACGGUGGUUGAUCCCUUAUCAGGUGGACUCUUUUAUAAUACGGAGACUGGUAUAAUAAAGAAAACAUUGCCUUGCAUUUAAAA